UACAAAUAUUUGAUCAUGAUCAGCUUCACCUGGUUUUCCAGUAUGGAUCAAAGAGAAAUUGUCAUCCAAAACCUGGAAAGGGCCAAAAGUAUCAUAUGCAAUACAGAGGAGUUUACAAACGAAUUUUUGAAACUGAAAAGGCAAUCAGCAACCUGCAAAGCAGAUAAAAUCUACCCAACGUAUACCUCUGAGAGACCAGAAAAUGUCAGCAAGAACCGAUAUAAGGACAUCUUGCCAUAUGAUCACAGCAGAGUAAAGCUAUCUCUUAUCACAUCAGAUAAAGACUCUCAUUAUAUCAAUGCAAAUUUCAUCAAGGGUGUGUAUGAGCCAAAGACUUACAUAGCUACCCAAGGUCCCCUUUCCACAACUGUGGUAGAUUUUUGGAGGAUGAUUUGGGAAUACAAAGUCCAGAUUGUGGUGAUGGCUUGCCUGGAAUUUGAAAUGGGGAAAAGAAAAUGUGAGCGUUACUGGGUGGAAGUGGAUGAGACCCCACUCCAUUUUGGCCCUUUCUGUAUUUCCUGCGAGGCUGAAAAAGAGAGAAAGGAAUAUGUGAUUCGUAUUUUGCAGGUGCAACUGAAUGACAGUGAAAUCAGAACAGUCUAUCAUUUUCAUUACAAAUGUUGGCCAGAUCAUGAUGUCCCCUCUUCAAUCAACCCAAUUCUUCAGCUCAUAUGGGAAAUGCGCUGCUACCAAGCACACAGCGAAGUACCUAUCUGUGUGCACUGCAGUGCAGGCUGUGGGCGAACAGGAGUCAUCUGUGCCCUUGACUACACCUGGAGCUUGCUAAAAGAUGGAAUUCUUCCAAUGAACUUCAGCAUUUUCAAUAUGAUUCAGGAAAUGCGCACACAGAGGCCUUUAUUGGUGCAGACUCAGGAGCAGUAUAAAUUGGUCUAUGAUGCUGUGAUUGAGCUAUUUAAAAGGCAGCUUGAAGAAUUUUCCAGAAAUUCUGAUGCCACUGCUAUGGAGAGUGAAACACACCAAAGAGCAACCCAAGCAUCCCAGGCUCUCAAACGUCUAAGCAGUUCAGUGAGAGAGGAAGAAGAGAAGUCUCAGUUUUCUUGUCAUGGUGUGUGUGGCAUGGACACACUUGACCAAUCCAGAAAAAAUGCUUCGCCAGUGAGACAAGCAUUUUCUGUUGGCCCCUUGAACACCAGCACCAGCAGAAACAUGGCUGCCACCGCAGAAUGGAACUCUUGGUUGGCCAGGCAGACGCUCCAUAAACAUCACAGUUUGGACUUUGUAAAUCUCUUUUGGACAGAACUAUCUCUCCCUUUGAAACCUGGGGAUAAAACUGGGAUAAACCUAGACACAAAGCUGCCUCUAGCACGGACUAAAUCAAUCCCUUUUGAAUUAGUAUCGCACAAAACAUCCGAAAUGCUGUCAGGAAAGGGCUCUGGAUCCUGUCUUGCUCUAGACUCAAGUUCUUCACAUAACCUAUCAACUGACACUCGGCGUUGUAUUUUCAGAAAGCUACGCCAUCAGCCAUGUACUUGGUCAUCAGAAGAUCCUUACUUUUCUUCUCUCUCAUCUGAUGAGCCAUGUUCCCCAGCACUUCCGGCCCCUGCUGUGAGCCCAAUUGAAUCUGUUUCCUCAGUUUCCUCUGCUGUGGAUCUCACAGACCAGUCUUUGGAUAGCACCAGUCUGGACCAUUCUUUGUACAGCUCUCAGGCCCAGAAUACUCACCUUUUGGAUGCAAUGGUAUCAUCUCACCAGACAGGUUCUCCUCAACUGGAUGAAGAUAAUCCUCCUCCAUUGCCCAAAAGGACCCCUGAAUCAUUUAUUAUACCUGGAGAAGAGGAUACUCCUUUGUUGGCAGCUUCCAGCAACCAACAGACAUUCAAGAAUGAGAAAAUCAGAAUCUCUAAAGAAUGGAGCAGCAUGUCUCAGCUGAAAUUUUUUGAUGAGUCUGUGAGAUUGAGGCCAAAUAAGAGUCUGAAACUACAGCGACCCGGAUCAGAGAUUCAUCAAGAUCGGUCUCCAUCACCUUCCCCUCCCCCACUGCCUGAAAGAACUCCUGAGUCAUUUAUUCUUGCAGAUGAGGAAUCUCAGCCAUCUGUGAUAAACAAUGUUGUGAGCCUUGGAGACACUGGAAUGAAAUCAACAGAGAAGUCAUCAAAGGACACAAAAUGUUUUAGGAGGAGCAAGAGCUUGAAAAUAUUCCAAAAUGUGAAAAACAGUAUUUGUGGUCCAUCUUCAUUAGUAAAACCCACUGGUCCAGAGCAGGCAAAUCACUUUCCCUCUGUUCUCAGUUUUGGUCAUGAAAAAAUGCUUAAGGGCAUUGGAAUGAAGAAUUUUGAAACUACUUAUUCUAGAGUAGUUGCAUUCUCUUCCAAAAGGCCGCUCCCGGAUGAGUGAUCCUAAGAAUAUGGCUUUGCUAACCGAUUUUCAAAACCCAAAGGACCAAGAGAUCCUCCGGCAAAUUGGAACGUUUAGUAGAACUUCAUAGAUGCCCUUGUUUCUGCUACCGCAGGCUUAUCUUGCUAUUCAACCUUUGGUUGCUCAAUGUCGUUUGCAACAGGACAAUGAUUUUGAACAAAAAAGUCUUUCUUGUAAUGCCAAAAGACAGGAGAGUCUGUUUCCCUCAGAGACUGUAUGCAAUACCACCUUAUCUAUUCAGGGGAACUGGACUGCAUCCAGAAUAAAUGGGAUAACUGUGUUAGUUCCUGGUUCUUUUGAAGCAGCAAUCAUGUCCAGUUUGAUAAAAUGGAAGCAAGUGCUGGAGAUCAAACUUUCCCAGAAGCCACAGCUUCUUAACCUGGAAAUGCUUCCCUCCCAGAAUUUGUAAAGUGUAGUUACAAGCAAUGAUGUGGCUCAGCUUAGUAAUGAAAGAGUUGCACUGUUGCUGUAUUUAUUAGUCAUUCAUAGAUUUCAAGUAUAUAUCUGAAAUGCAAAUAUGAGCCCUUAGGCUUAUUCUGGAAGGAAUGAAUCUGUUACAGGAGACACUCUUUGCAUGAAUGUAGUGGGUAUGAGGGAAUGGCUGGUGAACACCUCUGUGCUUUUGCUACACUGUUACUGUGUCCGGUGUGCAAACUGUGCAGCCACUAAGCACCCACAGAUGUCCUUUGCUGAAAUAUCAACAAACAGACACAUUUGGCUGCUUCCUUUUAAAAUAGAAUAUAUUUUUCCUACAAAUGACAACUGUAAUUUCCCAACCUAUAGAUGGUUCUGGUUUUUGGAAAUAAUUCUUGACAACCUGAGUAGCUCUGUAGAUGUUUUCCCAAUGUUCAUAACUGGGAGUCCAUUAUAUAUUCCCUCAGUAUUCAUGUUUUAGCCACCAUUUUUUCAGAUUGUAAAACGGGCCAAGAUUGAACCUAUUUAGAGGAUUUUCUUAUUUGCCUUUUCACUGCUCAUCGUUGAGAUUUACUACAAUGAAAUCAUGAGUUAGAACUUUGGGACCAAAAUAGGUUAAUGUCUCUCAGUAGUAUGCCAGUGGUGGCUAAAGGAGGAGGCAUUUGCAUUGUAGACGCACACUCAAAUAAGUGAGAGAAGUUAAAUGGUAGAGGGGAAAGCAAAGACAGGUGAAAAAUCAGAUAAAACUGACCACUAGCCUUUACUUUUAGAAAAACAGUAACUUGAAAAGUUAUUACUAGAAUUUAAACACAUUCUAGAGCCUUUACUGAAAUGUCAAUGUGGGAGAUGUAAUUAAAAUUAAAUAUUUAUUUCAUAUGCCA